AGGGACCCGCGGUGGGGGCGGCUGAGCGAGACGUUUGGGGAGGACCCGCGCCUCUCCGCCGACAUGGCCCAGGCCUUUGUCUCGGGGCUGCAGGGCGGCAACGGCAGCGGCGCCUACCUCAAAGCGGGCGCCACGUGCAAGCACUUUAUCGGCAACGACCUGGAGGACUGGCGGGGCGUCACCCGCUACAACUUCAACGCCACCAUCGACGCCCGUGACCUGCGCGACUCCUUCCUGCCGCCAUUUGAGGGCUGCGUGCGGGCGCGGGCCCACAGCCUAAUGUGCAGUUACAACGCAGUCAACGGCCUGCCGGCCUGCGCCAACCCCUCGCUGCUGAAUGAAUCGCUGCGGGGCGAGCUCGGGUUUGAGGGCUUCGUCGUCACCGAC